UUCCGGUUAACACUCCCCCCCCACCCCCGCUUUGAAGAAGAAACAGUCGAGCUAGUGAAUUCGGGUCAGGCGGGGUAGCGGACGCCGCGCUUGCGGGGGCUUUUUGACCGUUGCCUGGGCAUUUUAUCGGACCGCUGGGAAACCCCGCGGCUGAGCUCGAGCGGAUCCCGCCCGCUCUCCUUUGUUGGGCGCGUCUCUUUCUGGAGGGGGCGCUGCCUUGACCCUGCUCCCGCAUGUUUGGCCUCUACCCGGUGUGGGAGGCAGUGGUAGGGAAGCGGAUGGCGCUGCCUUCAGUUCAUAGAUGCGUCCAACUCAAUCAAGAAAAUCAGCUGCUCCUUAAAAAGCUGAGGCAUGUACGCCUAAAAAACAAGCAGCUGGAAUAUGAUGUAGUGCAGCUGCAUGAUAAACUACAUGAGCAAAAGAAGUGCUUGCCUGCCUGUGUCACAAGAAAAGAUGUGCAGAUUCAAACAGAAUUUCACUUGUACCAUAAAGGUGAUGGGGUUCAUCACAAAGAACAUGAUGUACUAAAGGAACAUGCCAGAGUGCUUCAGAUGUAUAAUGAACUGAAGAAAAGGUACAAUAAAGAAGUCAAAACAAAUCAAAGACAAAAUGAAACAGUUGCAAUGCUGUCUGGUAAAAUUAAUGAUCUGGAACACCAACUUCAUUUAGCAAACCAAAAGAUAAAUGCCUUGGAAUAUAAAAAAAAGGACAAAUUUGUUUCAAUUCAGAGAAGAAUGUCAUCUGACAAAUGUAUGUGCAAAAAGAAGGGAAGCUGUUCCUGCAAAUAUUUAGACCAGCUGCUUUUUGAGACACAGCGACUGAAGAUGGAAAAUGAAACUCUCUCCAAAGAAAGAAGAAUGUUAAAAAAUGAGCUUGCGGCAUUAGAUAAGGAUUUCUUUGAUGAAAUAGAAGACUUAAAAUAUGCUCUACAAGAAGCCAUAAAGCUGAAUACCCACUAUGAAAAGUGUUUAAAACAGUUAAGUUCCACUUAUGGAAUCACUCUUACAUCAACGUUGACAGCUGGCAAUCCUCGUACAUCUUUGUGGAAAUAACAUGCUCAAUCAAGAUGAUUAUUAAAGUAUACUGAGUACACAGAAAAAUAAACUCUCAACAGAGUAACUUCUUAAUUUGUGCAAUAAAAUCAUGACACCCA